UAUAGAGUUCCCGAAAAUGCCCAAAAAAGAGCAAGGAAGAGAAAAUCCUUUGUCUGAGGAAGGACGCAAGCGCAUAGAGGACCUUAAAAAAGAAUUAGAAGGAGAAAUAAAUGGCUUGCCAGAAGACGAUCCGUCCAAGUGCGAGGGAUUGAUUCGAGAAUUACACAGAAAGGUUGUGGCUGUUCCAAAAGCGGAUGUAAAAGAUCACCUUUUAUCUAAGCUUAAAACUGUUUCCUCUCGUGGAUUAAAUAAAGACCUGAAGAACACGAUGGAGGAGAAUGGUUUAGGAUUAGAAGGACUUGAACUUGUCCUGAAGUAUCUGACAACCGAGGAUGAACUUGCCCAGCAUUUGUUCAUGACACCCGAAGAAGUUGUUGUGAAGGAGGGCCUGGAUGCUAUACGAAGGAGACUAGGACCAAAACUUGAAGUACUUGGUGGCCUGCACUCCAAAGGCAUUGAUGUAAAACAAAAUUGGGUCCACAAUCUGGUGACAAAGGCUCCAUGCCUUUGGUCGCUAGGUCGUCUCCCCGUUGCUGAACUAGAAGGGCUCUGCGAGGAAGCUAGUCAUGGAGAAAUGAAAGAGGUUCUUCGCCUCGCGAAAGUUGCCGAGUCGCGUGACGGACAGAGUUCUGAUACUCCAAAUGCCUCAGAGGAAGCUAGUGCAAAAGACCAAAGUAACAAAGCGAUUGACAAAGAAAAGCUGAAGAAAGCUCGGGCUUUAAUGAACGACGCAAAGGAAACUGCAAAAGGGGAGUCAGAAGCAGCAAAGAAGGCUGUCGAAGAAAAAAUAGCUGAAUUAGCAAAAACACUUGAGCUGCCACCUGAUUGGAAUAAACAAGAUACCGGACAAAAACCUGAUCAAUUGUUGGAACAUUUGGAUGAAAUAAUUAAUGAGUUUGACAACGCAAUUGAAGUGAGUGAGUGUUACAAAAGCGAUCUUGAAGUCGUGGAAAAAGCUAGCGGAGGCCGCGCACUCUGUGGCAUCUAUUUUUCUGAAUAUCUGCCGCCAAAAACAUCUGAAAGACCUAUUAUCAUGAUGCCAGCAAAAGUAACACUCGCUAGCCCAAAUAAUUCUCAGCAGAUUAGGUAUCUAAAAUUCUCUCAAAGUAGAGCGGCUUCAAACUAUGUUCAGAUAGUAAAAUCUUCAAGUACCAACGUUGGUUUUAGCGUGGGUGGAUUCUAUAACCUUUUCGUUGGAGAGGUUAGUGGAAGCUGGGGCUCUAGCCACGAGGAGGAAGGAGCCAAAUCGACAAAAGAAAAUACUGACAGUGUCUCUGUGUUGCAAUACAUCUGGAUUGCCACAAAGACAUUCAAGAUCGAGCAAGAGGAAAUGAGGCUGUCUACGAGUGCAAGAAGAAUGGCAAGGUCCAUUACCAGGGAUAAAGAAUCUGAAAAACAAGAGGAAGCUGCUCGCCAUUUCAUGGAACGAUACGGAAGUCACCUCCCGGCCGGGCUCCACACACUUGGUGGUGUGCUCUUUCGUAUUGUAGAUGCCGAAAGCAGCAGCGCACAAAAAACAUCUAAAUUAACAGAGAAAGCAGCGCAGCAUCUUCAAGGUCAAAUUUCGGUUGGAUUCCUUGGAGGGGCAUUUGGAAUAGGAGCUAGCAUCAACAGCCAGCACACUGAGAGUAGUGGCAAAGUUUCUGCCCAAGAAGAAGAGGCUGAAGAUACUUCAUAUACCUACUCUUUUCAAGCCAUGGGUCCGGCGGCAACAAGCCCGGCCACGUUCACUAAGUUGCUGGCUAACAACUCAACUUGGGCUUUAAUUGAUCGUGGGAGCAAGAAUGCUUAUAUACCAGUUUGGGAACUGAUGAGAGAACUUGGCAGGGAUUUCGAAGAAGCAGCCCAAGUCCUGGAAAACACUUGGCGUAAAGACGAAAAGGAGAACAAGCAAAAAAGUCUCAGAGUAGGAUACAAAGUAACAGAGAUCAUCAAGACUGAGCUGGAAAGACUGAGAGAUCAGUGCAAAGAAAAGAAGCCCGAUAAGAGUGCCUACGGGUAUUGCCCGAAACACGCCGCGCAGUUAACAUGCAAAUUCAACACAAUCAACUUGUCACUUGAAGAUGCGUACAACAAAGCCAUAGAUAUGAUCAUGGCGGAUCCAAGGUACCGCAUCUGCGACAUCGAAUUGUGUACUGAGGAGUCGUACUCAUUACGGUGCUGGAAGGCCACGGAAGGUGAGCCAAUGAGCUUCGAAGCUGUCACUGGUGGGCAUGUUCUGUUCUAUAGUGAAAUACUCUUCAAGUGGAAGGGCGCAAUUCCCGGCAAGGUGUAACUGGUAAUCUAGAGUGAGUGGUAACCUUACCAAUUAAAAAGUAAGAAAAUCUUUCCUCAUGGUUAAAUGUCUUUCCUCAUGGUUAAAAUGAAAAGUUCUAGAAUCUCUUUUAGUCGGCUUUAAUUAAGCCAAAAUAUGUCGCAUUAUCAGCUCAUAGUAGCAUAGCAUAGUAAAAUCAAACAGUGUCCCUAGGCGAUAGAUUUACAUCUUUCCAAACAGUUUGCUUUGAAUUGGGUAAAGAAUAGCAUUGUAGCCUCACCAAACGUUUCUAAAAGAAACGUUAGGUAAUACUACAUUGGAUAACAGAGCAUGGAGUGUUCGGUUAACGCAACAACUGUCAGUGAGUUAACGAGAGAGUAAAGAGAUGAAACUUGUGGCUAUCUUCGGCUGAUUUUAGUAGACACUAUUAUCGAUAAAGGCUUUCUAAGAGACGACCAUCUGUUGCCAACGUUUUUUCCGAACACGUCACGAAAAAACAUGACUUCAGUGGGCAUCAAAAGUUGCAUGAUUCAUCACCACUCAAUUUUCAGUUUAAAUUGGCAGAACAUUACGCAAACUUUCGUGUCCAAAGCACAACACAGUUGGUAUUCUUUGUUCGAAUUUUCAAAAUGUUUUCCAAAUUAAUUUUUACAGAGGAAAUUUCAAGCAUAGA